GGUUGGGCCUUCAAAGAAGACCAUACAAGCCCAAGUCCAUCAGCUAAGUAUCCAAUUUAGACCCAUUCAGCAAUUCCCGGAGACUAGUUCCCCGUCGGCCACCAGAAAGUGUGAAAAAUGCUCCGGCGAGGUUUCUUCUUCCCGGCGACGCUCGGAAAAUCACGGCAGCUACAACAUCUCGUCUGCUGCCGUUUCAUCUUCGAACCCGUUUUAUCCCAUUCUGUUCCCCAGCAAACCAGUAUGCAAGGUUUUUGAGAGAGGAGUUACUGUUGGGCCACGCUUAGUCGUACAAAAAUGGGAUUUUGGAUUGAUGAAUUCGGGCCGGUAUUACUGUACGGCUGGAAAAGCUGGGGAAACGUCGAACGGCGGUGGGAAUGAUGCUGUUGCAGAGAGUUCCGGUGAGUUUAAAGAAGAUAAAAUCAAGAGGAAGAAACUGAAGGGUAAAAGACAGGUAGUGAAGUGGUUGAAGUUCUUCAGGUGGAAGAAGAAGAAAGAGUUCCAAAGAAUGACAGCUGAAGAAAGAAUCCUUUUCAAAUUGAGGAAGGCACGGAAGAAAGAGGAGAGGCUUGUUGAAGCUCUUAGGAAGGUUGAGCCUAAGGAGAUACCGGAGGCUACUCAUGACCCAGAAAUAUUGACACCAGAAGAACACUUCUACUUCCUGAAAAUGGGGGAGAAGUGCAAGAAUUAUGUACCAGUUGGAAGACGUGGGAUAUACCAGGGUGUGAUCCUUAAUAUGCACUUGCAUUGGAAGAAGCACCAAACUCUGAAAGUGGUGGUGAAAACCUUCUCUCCUGAGGAGGUUAAGGAAAUAGCUGUAGAGCUUGCAAGAUUAAGUGGUGGAAUCGUUCUUGAUAUCCAGGAUGAUGACACCAUUAUAAUGUACAGGGGAAAGAAUUAUUCUCAACCACCAACUGAGAUAAUGUCUCCAAGAAGUACUCUUUCCAGGAAAAAGGCCUUAGAUAAAUCUAAAUACAGAGAUUCCUUAAGAGCUGUUGAGAGAUACAUUCCACGGCUGGAGCAAGAUCUUGAGCUGCUUCGGUUGCAAGCUGAAAAUAAAACUGAUGCUCCUGACAAAAAUCAAGAGGCUGGCUUUGAGAAAUUUCAGCCUGAACACCGUUCAGAUCAGCAAAUUGAGGCAUCUGAUAAGCUCAAACGGAUAAUGAUUGAAAAUGAAGAACAGAGUGAAGAAAAUGAUUCCAUGGUAGAUACAGAUAUAUGCUCAGAUUCUGAAGAUCUUUCAGAUAUUUUUGAAACAGACUCUGAGGAAGAGCAUGAAGAGAAAGCUGAAGAACCACUUUAUUUGGAUGUGUUUGAAAAGUUUCCAGUGCAAAGUAAUGGAGAUGCACAGGAUUUCGAGGAGCAUUUGCGUCAAAUAUCUUCUAACUCGAGGAAAGAGAAAUCACCAGGUGAAGAUGUCGACACACCAGGUCUUGAUGAGGUUGAUAAGAUUAUUCUGCAAGCUACAUCACUUUUGAAGAAUCAGAAGAGAUGAAAAGUGGUUUAUUCGUUAGCUAAAGUUCCAACAGAGGUUUGUUCAUGAGAGGCCUGUUAUAGUCAACAGCUGCAACUGCACAUUUUCACCACUUCAGUCCUAAGAGUUCUAUAGACAGGGGCGAGAAGGGAACCACCGUGAUGAACUUGUCUUCAACGAGGGCCCAGACACGUUGUGGUAGAGGAACACUCGUGCAAAGUUGUUUUGCUGAACAAAGAGGAUUACAACAUUAGCAAUUUCAUUCUGGGGUUCCUGGACAAUAGGAUUAUUGUUAUCCAAGGGUUUGAUUCUUCCCUAAUCCGAGUGGAAGUUCAUAAGUAUGAGCAGUCCUAAUCUGGUGCCACUUACAGAACUCUUCCCUUUACGAGUCUACACAAGAAAGAACUUACUCACUCAUAUCUGAUAUUUACUUCGCGACUAUAGUACAUUACAAUGGUUUGGUUAAAAACUGCAUACUUCAAACCCGUAACCUAUUUAGUUUCUCAGAAAUGUAUGAAAUACAAAGCUGAUGACUGCCAUUACUUUGUUUUUGUCAACUAUGUUUAGUAUGUCAAAAGAGCAUUUCUAAGAAAAAUUGUGCUGGUGUUGCUUUGGGUUA